AUGGGGGAGACAGAGCUCCAAAAACUAGCGCGACAGUGUUUAUUGAGGGCCAAUGUAUUUGGUGUGGGCUCGAGUUCCCCGAGUGCAUCGCAGCAGGAGCUUGACAACAAACGCGUGGCUGAGGCUUUGUACAAGUAA